AUGUCUAACCUAUUUCAGUUCGGGACCUCGUCUACAUCGGGAGGUUCCAAUGCUCCUACAUUUGGUACAGCGGGCACCUCGCCAUUUUCCCAACCUGCGCCCGGCAAAACUACUGGUGGUCUCUUUGGCAAUAUCGGGGCAACACCCACAACAACAGCAGCAGCAGCAGAUCCGCCUUCUGCACCCUUGUUUGGAGGAGGCUCGACGACCCCAACAACAGGGCAGACGGCUUCUUUGUUUGGAGGUCAAAACUCAAAAUCUACGUUUGGCAACACGUUAACGAAACCUUCAAAUCCAGGACAGAGUGUUGGGCACACUCCGACGACGAACCUAUUCGGAAAUGCAAGUCAAACCCCUAAAUUAGGGGAGCCUACAUCAUCUGGCAAGCCGCAAUCGGUAUUAUUUGGGGAACAAGGAAAAACGACUCCAGCCACUAGCGGCUUGUUUGGAAGUACUACUCCAGCACCAUCGAGCGGACCAUCAUUGUUUGGGAACCUGUCCACCACACCUGCCGGACCACCCCCUCAGACCUCAGCUGGGCAAGGCCUUUUCACGAGCCAAGCAUCGACAAAGGCCAAUGAGCCAGCAUCUCUUUUUGGACAAAAGCCAACUUCCUCCCCUUCCUUCCCAGGCUUCAGUGCAACAACCAGUGCAGUGUCGCCACUAAACGCUCCCACAACUACGGCAGCAGCACCAAGUUUCUUCACAAACACUACUCAAAUGCCAACGCCAAACUCAGGCAACUUAUUCACUUCCUCGCCCGCCAAAGCUCAAGGCGCGGAGGCUGGAAAGUCAGAUGCAAAACCACCCCCACCCACAUUCGGUGCAGCCCCAACGUCAACCACUCCCGGUACUUCGGGAAGUCAAUCACAACAAAAGCCAUUGAGCUUCCCUACCUCCAAACCCUCUUCGAGUGCUUUUACACCAACCGCAAUGUCAGACACCGCUCAGAAACCCCUUUUUGGAAAUCUGGCGCCUACCUCUACUGCAUCGGCUACAAGCACAACGACAACGGCACCCGCUGGUGGGCUAUUUUCUAGUCUAAGUACUCCGAAGACAACUGCCCCCAAAGACUCGACUACCCCAGCCACUUCAUCAGGUCAGCCAGCCAGUGGAAUGUUCAACCUUGCUAAGACGACAACCACAACAGCUCCACCAACGUCAUCUUCAGAAAAGAUUUCUGCUUCUGGAGCAACAACUACAGCCGCCGCCACUGUCACUAGUGCUAGUGCCACAACUGCAACGCCCGCGACAGCCGGUGGCCUUGGUGCAUCGACAGUGGGACCGGCUCCCCCAGCACAAUCACGGCUCAAAAAUAAAACCAUGGAUGAGAUCCUUACUCGCUGGGCCACUGAUCUAGCAAAAUACCAAAAGGAGUUCCAAGAACAAGCUGAGCAAGUUGCCAAAUGGGAUCGGAUGCUUGUAGAAAAUGGAACGAAAGUGCAGAAACUGUACGGCAAUACCGUCGACGCAGAAAGGGCUACGCAGGAAGUUGAACGGCAAUUAGCAUCUGUAGAGGGACAACAAGAUGAAUUGAGCUCAUGGCUCGAUCGUUAUGAACAAGAGGUUGAAGCUUUGUUGUCGAAGCAGGUCGGUUUUACAGAUUCAUUGCAAGGACCUGAUCAAGAACGUGAACGAACAUACAAACUCGCGGAACGUCUCUCCGAACGCCUUAAUGAAAUGGCCCAGGAUUUGACAAGCAUGAUCGAAGAGGUCAAUUCUGCUUCCUCCACUUUGAGCAAAACCACCAAGGCUGACGAACCGAUAUCUCAAAUCGUCCGCAUCCUCAAUUCUCACCUUUCCCAACUUCAACUCAUCGACCAAGGCACGGCAAAUUUGCAUGCAAAGAUCGCAGCUUCGCACAAGCUAGGUAGCUCUCUUAGCGUCCAUCAAAAUAUGGGCUCAUAUAGCCAAUAUCGGAAUGGGACUGGAAAUGGGAUAAGUGGCGGAGAUGCCGCAGGUGACUUCUAUAGAGCUUACAUGGGACGUAGGUAA